CCCAACACCUCCCAACUCACCAUUCAGACCAGACUUAGACACUGUUCACAACGUCCAGUAUGGCGACCGAAGCAUUUACUAUAUCCCGAAGCCAGCUGACAGGUCCUAAAGGCAGCACCAUCCUGAUCACUGGAGGGAGUAGUGGCAUUGGCCUGCAAACAGCAAUACUGCUUCAUGACCUCGGCAACAAUGUCAUUGUACUUGACCGGGCAAGACCACAUUCCUCAGCACCACAGUCAUUAACAUCGUCGCCUCGAUUUCUAUACCAUCAAUGCGACAUCACGUCCUGGAAGUCUCAGAGAGCUGGCUUUGAAGCUGGGGUCAAGAGGUUUGGUUCAAUCGAUGCCGUUUUCGUCAACGCUGGCAUUGCGGAGUACAAAGACCAAUUCUUCAAAGAUGAUCUAGACGAAGAUGGGCUACUCAAGGAGCCCGACCGGCGGACGCUGGACAUUGAUAUGCAUGCCGCCAACGACACGGCGAAACUGGCAAUCCACUACAUAAAGAACAAAGCGCCAGGCAAGAAGAAGGGGGGCAGUAUCGUAAUGACGGCCAGUUUGGCGGGGUACCUCGCAAGUGCGGGUGCUCCGCUUUAUAGUGCUGCGAAGCACGGUAUCGUCGGGUUGAUGAGAGCGCUCAAGAACGACACCGCGACACUGGGUAUAGCGAUUUCUGUGGUGGCGCCCGGGAUCACCCUCACCGAUAUCAUUUCAGGUCGGAAGCCAGGAGAGCCGCUCCAGGAUUGGGCCAAGAGGAUGCGCGAGGUCGGUGUGCCGAUCAACGACCCUGCAGAGAUUGCGGAUACCGUGGUGUAUCUGAUGAGUCAAGGGAUGGAGGCGAAUGGGAAGGGACUACUUAUCCAGGCUGGACGAGCAGCGGACUUGGAGAAGGGGAUCGCCAUGUCGAGAAAGAUGUGGAUGGGAGAGGAGAUGUUGAGGUUGUUUCGGGGUGGAAGGAAUGCGCCUUUGUUUCCAAACAGGCUCUAGACAGGCACAUUUACUCGUGAGGAUUGAGCCCUGUACCAGAUAUCUUUGCAUUGGGUGAGGCUGGACUCGAUGAGCGCCCGUUGUGCAGGUACUGUAAGUAGGGAUGCAAGGCUGGACGCUGACUAAGCCG